AUGAUAGAUUGCGUCGAUGAGCUGAUGGAGUUGGAUUGUUCGGACAUGAGCGUGUGCGGGAAUGACUGCACCUUCGAGUACAGUAACCCGGUCAGCAUGGAGAGGUGCAGCGAGGAUGACUUCCGCGUGUGCGACCUCGCGAUUGCGCCGCGCGCCCUGACGGCGGUAGCCUUUCCCCCAGACACGACCUACCUCCGCGUGCAACAGUGUGUGCUGGUGGAGACGGCAGCGGCGGCCACCUCAGAGAGCGACGACGAUGGCGGGGGGCAAGAGGAAGAGGAGGUGUGGGAGUGCCUAGAGAAUCCUGUGCCGGCGGAGUACUACGGGACGCCGUAUCAUUGGCCAAGCGCCGUGGACGUCGACUACUCCGCGGCCGCUUUGUGCGAGAAGGAUAGCCACUGCCCCGGCUCGUUCUGCUCGUCACAGCAGGAGCCAAGAAUAUGUGCGCCGAAGCUGGAAGAGCACUUCCAACAGAGCGGCGAGCAUUUCUUGGAUCCACGCUGGGAAAUCCUCAACAACUAG